AUGAGCUUCUCGCUGUUUUGGGUUACAAGGUUCGAACUUCCGACAUGGCUUGAACAGCUUGAAAUGGUUUUGUCCAAUGACGACAAUGCCUUCAACUACGGCAACACCAUUCAUUACAAUCCUUCUGAUCUCUCCUCCUGGGCUCACACCAUGCUCUCCGACCUUACCUUCUACCCGGAUCUCGACCCGACCCGGAUUUCCUCCGACGACGACUGUACCUCCACCAGCAGCAGCAAGAGGAUUCGACUCGGUGACUCAGCGUGCACCGAGUCAGCGACUCGGCCAGUGGUUCUUUUCUCCGACUCGCAGGAGACCGGAGUUAGGCUCGUCCAGGCGCUGGCAUUUCAAAACGCAUGGAAAGCGUUAUGUGAAGCAAAAGGGGAAUAUGAGGCAACAUCUCUAGUAAUACAUGCCAACGAAACAUAUACCAUACAACCACAACUGUUUCUAGGUCUUUGUGUAUCUCGCAAUCUUCAUAUUCAAAUUGAUGGAAAAAUUGAAGCACCAAAGGUGAUAAAAGAGUGGGGAGACAUAGAAAAUAAGUAUUGGUUAUGUUUCAAAAACGUUUCAGGUCUCGUCCUCAAUGGGUCUGGUCUCCUCCAUCCCCACGGUGAAAUUUGGUGGUACUCUGUUGAUCACUCCCUCCGACCACGGGAGGAUGCUGUGAAAGUAAGCAAUGUGACAUUUAAAAACUUCAAAGGAACAUGUGCAAAUGCUAUUGCGAUAAAACUUGAUUGUGACGAGAUAUUAGUCACUUUGUCUCCAUUGAUAUCAAGUGUGGUUGUGAUGAAGAACAUGAACCUCCCACAAGGCCACACCAAAUCCUCAAUCUUUGGUAGCCACACCGCGGCUAAACCUCGAGUACCCCCUAAACCUCCAACCCCGUUUUCUCAACCUCGGACACCGGCUAAACCUCUAGUACUCUAUGCAAAACCUCCGACACCAAAUGCUAAACCUCGGGCGUUGUCUCCUCCUCCAUACCUAAUUAACGCUUUUUGUGAUGCUCCUAUCAUAUUUACUAUAUCAAAGCUGUUAUAA